UGUACGACACAGAAGACUAACCUCUGUCUUCUAGCAUGGGGACCCUCUGGCACUUGCAAUAUACUUUGUUUUUAGUCUGUAUUUCAGUGCUGAAUACCACAGGGAUCAAGCAAAGACCAACUGGUGGCUUGAAAACAUGGGAUCCUGAAACAGCUUACCUCACCAGAUGUGAUUUUAACAAUAAUUUGAGGCCAUUUUGUGACUGGACUCAGCCAUGCAAUGUCAAUCAGGGAGUAUGGAUACGAACCAAGCAUGACACUCCAACUGAUGGAACAGGUCCUGAUGGAGACUAUCCUGAUGGAAAAGGUUAUUUCAUCUACCAAGAAGCAAGUAAUCUGCUCCCCUCCGACACUAACAGGCUGGAGAGCCCAGUUACUGCAGUUUCUGGCAAAAUAUGCAUAGACUUCUGGUACUAUAUGUUUGGGUCAGAAGAGAUGAAUGAGCUGAGAGUGCUUAUCCAAGAUGGCAAACAGGAGUCUGUGGUGUGGCAUCGGCAGGGAAACCAAAGUUCCUUCUGGAACUAUGGUGCCAUCACUCACAAUUUUCCAGCACAGAGAAAGAUAAAGGUAAUUUUUGAGGCUGUCCGAGGUCUGACAGAAUAUGGGGAUACAGCACUGGACAAUGUAAGAGUAAGGGAAGGACCCUGUGAAUCUGACCCUACACCUGUACCACCAACACCCACACCAACAGAACCUACACCUCCUCCAGUGACAGAAGCAAUUUGCAGUAUACAUGGGGAUCCUCACUAUAACACAUUUGACAAUCAGCGUCAUGACUUCAUGGGCACUUGCACCUAUACCCUCUCCAAGCUGUGUGAGAACAACAGCUCACUGCCCUACUUCAAUGUGGAAGCAGCCAAUGAGCACAAGAAAGGCAACACUCGUGUGUCCUAUGUCCAAUACGUGGAUGUCGACGUGUAUGGCUACAGGAUCAAUCUGGGUAAAAACAGAGUUGUUAAGGUUAAUGGAGUCAGCCAGGUGGUCCCUCUGACCUUGGAGCCUGGUGUCAGUAUUUUCUACAGUGGGCAGUAUGUUGUGGUUACUACAGACUUUGGGCUGAAUGUCAAGUUUGAUGGAAAUCACAGAGUAGAAAUCACUCUUCCCAGUACCUAUAUGUCUAAAGUAUGUGGAAUAUGUGGAAAUUAUAAUGGGCAUAAAGAAGAUGACUUUCUUAACCCAGAUGGAGAGAUGGAACCAAACUCAACCAGCCUUGGGAACAGUUGGCAGGUUUACAAUGAUUCCAGUUGCUCGCCAGAUUAUGGCCAUACUCCAAAUUGCACUGAUGAUGAAAAACAUAUGAUCCAAAGCAAUGCAUACUGUGGUCUGAUCACAGAUCCAAAUGGACCAUUCCAGAACUGUCACUCAGUAGUUGAUCCACAAAGUUACUCCGAAGGCUGCCAGUAUGAUCUCUGCGAGCUUCAUUUGAACAGUGCUGCCCUUUGUGAAAACCUACAGGCUUAUGCAGAUGUGUGCCAAGCUGCAGGAGUCCAGCUGCUACCAUGGAGAAAUGCAACCUUCUGCCCACUACCCUGUCCGACCAACACUCACUACGAGUCCUGUGCCGCAGCCUGCCCUGCCACCUGUGUUGACCCACUAGCACCCUACAACUGCAGCCUGCCAUGUGUGGAGGGCUGUGUGUGCAACAGUGGGUAUCUGCUCUACAAUGACCAAUGUGUGCCUAGCCAAAAAUGUGGGUGCUGGUAUAACGGACGGCACUACCCUGUGGGAUCUGGAUUCUGGACAGAUGACAGCUGCUCCACAAAGUGCACAUGUCCAGCACCGGGAAGCAAAGUACAGUGCAUCAAUACCUCAUGCCCUCCGGGCCGGUUCUGUGGAGUACAGGAUGGGAAACCUGUGUGCCUCAAACAUUCCUACGGCAUCUGCAACAUCCACGGUGACCCUCACUACAAGACCUUUGACAAGGUGACGCACAACUUCAUGGGCAACUGCACCUACACCCUGGCCAAAGUGUGCUCCAACACCACCUCUCUGCCCUACUUCAAUGUGGAGGCCAAGAACGAGCAUCGUGGGAACACCAGAGUGUCCUAUGUGCGUGAAGUCAUGGUCGAGGUGUACGGGCAGCGCAUUGUGAUUCGCAAGCAGGAGAACAGCCAUGUGCUG